AUAUUGAGACAAGCACAACAAAAGCGGAUGUUCCUGGCUGGCAUUUUUAUUUCAGCAUCGUUUUAAACAGCAUAUUCUUCAUAUCGACGUUGUAACUUUGACAGACAAUCAAGUGACAGAGUUUGUCGACUGUAGUCUUACAACGGAGUUGUCAUUGGAGAAUUGCAAUCUUUGAAGAAAAGUUGGGUCCGUCAUGGCCUCGAGAAAGAAGGUGCUCUUGAAAGUGAUAAUCCUCGGAGACUCUGGGGUUGGGAAAACUUCACUGAUGAACCAGUAUGUCAAUAAGAAGUUUAGCAACCAGUACAAAGCAACUAUCGGUGCAGAUUUUUUGACUAAGGAAGUAAUGGUGGAUGACAGGCUUGUUACUAUGCAGAUCUGGGACACAGCCGGACAAGAACGAUUUCAGUCACUGGGUGUGGCGUUUUAUCGUGGGGCUGAUUGCUGUGUACUGGUCUAUGAUGUUACUGCACCCAACACGUUCAAAACCCUUGACAGCUGGCGGGACGAGUUCCUUAUCCAAGCCAGCCCGCGAGAUCCAGAGAACUUCCCCUUUGUGGUACUCGGCAACAAGAUUGACCUAGAGAAUCGGCAGGUGACAACAAAAAGAGCUCAGGCAUGGUGUCAGAGCAAGAACAGUAUCCCAUACUUUGAGACCAGUGCCAAAGAGGCUAUCAAUGUCGACCAAGCUUUCCAGACCAUCGCCCGAAACGCCCUCAAACAGGAAUCACAGGUAGAGACGUACGAUUUCCCCGACCAGAUCAAACUGCGAGAUGACAGACCGGCCUCCUCCAGCGAGGGCUGCAGCUGCUGAAAAGGGACAGAUGAGUGGACCAAUAUCAUGGCAAGAACUCCAGGUGGGGGGAGAGAGAGGCCAGUGCAUGGAUGGAUUCCCCUCACCAAUACUCCCAUAUGCAAAACAUUCAAAUUUAA